UACGAAAGGAACAUUUUACUUUGCAGUACCACAAUGGCGUCCAGUGCAAAGCCUUCUUCUGUUGCUAAUUCUGGAGCUUCUGUUGGAGGAAAAUCCAUUGCAGCCAAUUUAUUGGAUGUAGCAAUUGGGAGAUUUCAAUGGCCCCAGGGAGCUCUACUAUAUUUUCUUCCUCCUGAAAGAGAGCUAUUACCAGACAGAGCUAUAAGAUUGUCAUUCCAAGCUUAUCUCAAAUUUUCUGGUCUUGCCUAUGAAGAUGUAUGUGCACUAAAUGCGGACUACAUGUCACCAUCUGGUCAGUCACCAUUUCUUGUUCUUCAGUUCGGUACAAGGCCAAUCAUAUUCUCCAAUUUCUUUCAAUUGGUUUCCUUUAUUGAAGCACAAAAACUUGGUUUAGGACAAGAUUUGGAUAAAAAAGAGAAAUCAGAGCACGAGGCAUACAUUUCACUAAUCAAAAUGUCACUGCUAUCAGCAAUGGAAUAUGAUGCGUGGAUAUCAAAGGCAUCAAGACAAGAGACACUCUCUAGUUAUUCUCAUGGUUUACCAUGGCCUCUGAAGCACCUAGUUCCUUAUUCACAAUAUUACAAGUACAGGUGGAACCACUGGGGACUGUACAAGAGAGAUGAGGCCAGUGUCCUUAGUGAGUUUAAUGAUGCUUGUAAUGCACUCUCUGUUCAUCUGGGAGGAUCAAGAUCUUUCUACCAAUCAGGGCCAACAGCUUUAGAUGCCUUGAUGUGUGGAUGUGUAGAAGCCAUCUUGAAUUCUUCAAGCCAGAAACUAAAGAGUAUUUUGAGUUCUUAUGAUAAUUUGGUUGAUUUCUGUCACUCGUCUGUCCUCUCUCAGCGUAAAGGACUUCAGUUCAUUAGUUCACCAUCAACUGCUAAUCUUUCUAGCAACCAAUGACAUGUUUUGUAACUAUUAGAGCAGUAUCAUUAUUAAUUAUUGUGCAGCAAUUGUGUUUUCAACUUUUCAUAGCCAUGCACAUAUUCAAGUACUAUGUUUAUGAUAAUAAAAA